CAACUUUCGAUAACCCAUAAUAACACAGAGAACGAAACAAACGCAACAACAACACCACAGCUUCAAAGCAAGCGGUAGAGAAAAUAAAAAACAAUAGUCAAAAGGCCAAACAACUCUUCUCUAUAGCCAUGGCCAUGCUUUCUACCUCACUCGCCGGUCCCAAAUCUUCUUAUUGCGCUGCCCCUCAGUUCUCCGGUCUCCGCCGAUCAUGCCCUAAGCUUGAAAGCACUAACUCUCACUCUCUCUCUCAAUCUUUUCUCCGUCAUUUCAAUUCUCAACUUCGCGUUCCUUCUUCUCGCAAACCUUCCGGACACGUCGUGGCCAUGGCCGGCACCGGAACGUUCUUUGUUGGAGGGAAUUGGAAGUGUAAUGGGACAAAAGAAUCUAUCACUAAGCUUGUUUCUGACUUGAAUGAUGCAAAGUUGGAGGCUGAUGUUGAUGUUGUUGUCGCACCUCCUUUUGUUUAUAUCGAUCAGGUGAAGUCUUCAUUAACAGAUAGAAUUGAGAUAUCUGGUCAAAACUCUUGGGUUAGCAAAGGAGGGGCCUUCACAGGAGAAAUCAGUGUGGAACAACUGAAAGAUAUUGGCUGCAAGUGGGUUAUUCUUGGGCAUUCUGAGCGCAGGCAUAUAAUUGGUGAAAAAGAUGAGUUUAUAGGAAAAAAGGCUGCUUAUGCCUUGAGCGAGGGCCUCGGGGUGAUAGCUUGUAUCGGUGAACUGUUAGAAGAAAGAGAGGCAGGAAAAACCUUUGAUGUUUGUUUUCAGCAAUUGAAGGCCUAUGCAGAUGCUGUACCCAGUUGGGAUAAAAUAGUUAUUGCAUAUGAGCCUGUAUGGGCUAUUGGGACUGGUAAAGUGGCCACACCACAGCAAGCUCAGGAAGUUCAUGUGGCUCUUCGUGAUUGGCUUAAGAAGAAUGUCUCGGAAGCAGUUGCAUCAAAAACACGGAUCAUCUAUGGAGGAUCUGUAAAUGGAGGUAAUUGUGCUGAACUUGCAAAGCAAGAAGAUAUUGAUGGUUUUCUUGUUGGAGGUGCAUCCUUAAAGGGCCCUGAAUUUGCAACCAUUGUCAAUUCUGUAACAUCCAAGAAAGUUGCUGCUUGAUUAUGUAGAUUGGUCUUGGUUAUACGGGCAAAUAAGGGGCAAAAAGAGGAUUCUUCAGUUUGAAGCUUACCAUGAGCUAGUCUAAUUGAAUGGAGUUUUGAUUAUUUAUCCAUUUCUUUUUUCGUUUUUCCUUCCUAGAAAGAAAAUGGUUCUUCGCUUGUCCUUGUUUUAAAAAUAAUUACAGUAAGAAUGUAUCAGAUUAAAAAGAAUUAAUGUAACAAUGUAUCAUGUUGAUGUGCCAUAAUCUCAAUGAAGCCCCGUCUUUUUAUCA